GGUUACAUGUUGACCGUGUUUAAACAAUUAGCGGGAACGGUUAUUUUACGUUUACGUUAACACCUAACGCUAUCUAUCGUUAGCUUAUUUCAAAAUCUUCUACAAAUUAUACUGUUUGUAUUAUUUAGUUUUUUUUGUUAAGAUAUUCUUUCAUUGUUGCCAUGUAAGUACGAGCUUAUUGUCAACAGGCUAGCUUUGAUUUUGUGUUCUCUCACAACUGCAAUGGCCUGUGCACAGCGAGUUAGAACUUCUCAGGAUACUCAGCUGUUGCCGAAUCAGGUUCUCUCCGAGCAGCAGUCGUUGGUUGUUAUAAAGAAGCUUCUGGCCAUCGCAGUGUCUGGCAUCACAUACCUCCGUGGCCUUUUCCCAGAGAAAGCCUACGGCAACAAAUAUAUCGAAGAUCAGAAAGUGAUGAUCCUUAAAGAGGAGCUCACCUGUCCCGGUUCCAGUCAGAUUGUUCAAUGGAUGCAGGGAUGCUUUGAGGCCAUCCAGAAGAAGUUUCUGCGGACAGUCAUUAUGUCUAUCUACACUGACCCAGAGAACCCCCAGAAAGUGACUGAGUAUUACCAGUUUAAGAUCCAUUACACAGCAAAAGGAGCACAGAUGGACUUUGAAAGCAGCAACAACAACAACAACAACAACGUGUCGUCGAUGUCGUGCGGCAACACUAAGAAGGCCAGCAUCCUGCUGGUGAGGAAGCUCUACACUCUGAUGCAGAACCUCGGCCCUCUGCCAGACAACGUCUGCCUCAACAUGAAGCUGGCCUACUAUGACAACGUCACUCCUCAGAACUACCAGCCGCCAGGCUUUAGGGAGGCGGACGGCGACACCAUGGAGUUUGAGAAGGAGCCGGUCAAACUGACCAUGGGCGAGGUGGUCACUCCCUUCCACACUCUGAAGUUGGACAUGGCCACAGAGAGACAGAGACUGGAGCAGGUGGAGGAGAGUGUUCACGUGACAGAGAAGUGGGUGCUGAACAUGGAGGAGGAGGGUGUCCUGUCGCAGACUCAUGUGAUUGAAGACGUGGAGAAGCCUGACAACGACAACACAGACUUGGACAACACUGAGAUCCAGAUGAGCUGUCUUGAGAAGAUGGAGAGCUGUGAGGAAGUCACAGAGAUGGACGCUCUGGCGAAGAAGACCUCUGAGAUCAUGGAGGCGGGCCUGAAGAGGACCAGGAGUGGACGGAUCGUCAAGUCUACUACGAAGCCGACAGCUAUGAAGGACAAAGCGAUUUCUCAGUUUGAUAUCCCCAACAGCCAGGAAACGCCAUCCUCCCAGCCUAAGAAGAAGCGCAAAUUCAGCGAGCCCAAAGAACACUACUGACGUCACCCCCCCUCUGCUAACAUGGCAACACGGCUGUAUUGAUUUACAUUGAUGUUUUUUAAAUUUCAAUUUUGAUUACAACAUGUUACAUAGCUGUUUUUCCACUUCUUAUGCUUUCAUUUUGGGGUUCUUUUCUCUACAGUUUAUAUAAAUCCAAUGCAAAUCUAUGGACAUAUCACAUAUUUGAUGUUAGAAUACUGGUGAACAAAUGUAUAAACUAACACAGUAUUUCAGUAGUUUUUUAAUGGCUAGGAUUGUUUUAUUGUUAUCACUUUGUUUACAAAGCUGGAUUUCAUACUUGAAUAAAAUACAUAAAAUGCACCUAG